AUGGAGUGUUCCAACAUGAAGCAACAUCAUCAGCAAGGUGGAUAUGCAGAGCCAAGGAUCUCCUUCUCCAGCGGUUUCGCAGCGACCAAGAACGAAAUAAUCAAGUACAAGGAGGCACCUGUGUCGUCAGAUGAUUUCGAGUUCGGUGUCAAGAACUGCUCCAUGACCACAGCAGAUGAAAUCUUUUGCGAUGGCAUGAUCCUACCUCUCAAGGAAGAAGUCAACACGACGAAGAGAAUGCCAACUUUGAGAGAAGAACUCAACGAAGAAGACGAUGAUUCACCUAGAACCAAAUCAAAAGGGUCGAGUGGUUGGUGGAGAGAGAGAUUAGGGUUAGGAUUCUCAAAGUCCAAGAAAGAUCACAAGAGAAGUUCUUUUUAG